AUGGCUUCCACAUUGAAUUCGGUGCCGGCUGCGAACAGCACUUCUGGCAACAAUGCCAACAAUGCCUCGCAGACCUCCACCAGACCCUCGCUGAGGUCGAGUGGCAACACCAAGGGAGAUGGUCGUCGCCAGUCUGGGAGUCCUGUGGACGGUGGUCAACGACGCACAAACUCUCAUAAAGCCUGGACCCAGGGGACUAAUCCAAUUACGCAACGCUCCUCCUAUGCCUCUUCCAAUGGCACUGCAACCCGACAGACUGGCUCUCCUCGCCCAGGCCAAAAGGAAUCCAAUACACCGGAUAGCCAUGCACACGACCGGCUACUGUUCUUGUUCGCCAGCUUUAUCGGCCUAAAUGCGACUAUCACCACGAAGAGCGGAGACAAAUUUGCUGGCAUUUUCUCUUCCUCCCACCUAGAGGCAAGCAGCUCGUCUUUUGUGCUGAAGAUGGCUCACCGACUCUCCGAGACUUCAAACAAAUCGAAUGGCGUGCACGAUGCGUCAGUCUUUUUUGUUGGUGCAGCUCCGGAACAUAGCAUGGCCUUUGAUGUCAAGGACGUAGUCGACAUCUCUGUGCCCAAAGUGGUUCCAGCCGAGGUCUCCAUGAAAGAACCGAAUGGCUCAAACACAGGCGGUUUUAGAACGGAUGCUGACAUUUCUGGUAAUCUGGCGAUGCGAGAGCGUACCCUCAAGCGUUGGGAACCAUCUGAGCAUGAUGUCGAUAUGUCUCUAGAGAGCACCACUGGGGACUCGAAGAACUGGGAUCAGUUUGAGACGAAUGAGCGUCUCUUUGGCGCGAAGACGAGCUAUGAUGAGAAUAUCUACACAACACGCAUUGACCGCAGUGAUCCCAAUUUCCGCCAGAGACAGGCCGAGGCUGCACGAAUCGCGGCCGAGAUUGAAGGCACGGACGUGGACAAUGUGCAUAUGCGAGAGGAGCGCGGACUUGCAGUGCCAGACACUGGCGACCAAGAUGAGGAAGACAAGUACAGUGGCGUGCAGCGGGAGAAUAAGGUCUUUCCGCCGCUUGUCUCUGGGCAGCCAAACAAGUACAUGCCACCUGGUCGUCGACAGGCUGCAGCUCAGCCUGCGCUCCCAGUUAAGCCAUCGACGGCAAACUCGCCUGCCCCUGCACUGCAGUCUCCGGAACCGGCUCAAGAGGCAUCUUCAGCAGAUAAUCCCCAGCUUGCGCAAACUCCCAAAGAGCCUACACAGCCUGAACAGAAAGCAGAUUCCUCAAAGCUUGCGCCAGCGGUUGCCGUUCCUCCUCCAGCUAAGCAGCAACGCCCAGCUCCUGAAAACGCUACUGCCAAUGUGGAGACGGAGGUGCUUGACCAUUUCCGUCAAUUCGCCAACAGCGAGAAGUUGAAGAUGCAGGAACGGCGUCGUAACCAGGCAUCCUACGACCGCACCGUGAAGCUGAAUGAGCUGAUGAAGUUCUCUAAGAACUUUAAGCUAAAUACCCCUGUGCCGAAGGACCUCGUCCCGAUCCUUGCGAAGGAUCCUCAUAAACAAGAGGCAAUCAUUAGCCGAGCAAAGAACUCAGAAGACUCACCUUCUCCCCAACCUCCCGCGCAAGUAGUUGAGCAGAAGCCCGCGCUGCGUGCAACUGGACCCACGGGUGCAAUGCCCCCAACGGCCCCUGCAGACCGACACAACUAUCCUCGCGGUCGCCAGGGCUACCCACCAACCGGUCCGCUGGGCAGUGGAGGACACCCAAGAUACCCUCAGCAGGCUUUACAGUCUAAUCGUCCUCCAACUGGAAUGCUCAGUCACCGUCUUGCUGACAACCUUCAGCAGCGAAAGGGGGCUGCCCUGGGCGCUGUUCCAGCGCCUCUGCCCGUUCAAGAUGCUCGAGUGCCAUCCACCGGCCCGGCCAGUGAACAGGCUCGUGUGACAAGCCCUCCGAAGAGCCAGGCCUCGGUCAUGGCCAACGCUGCAUCGAAAUUCAAUGUGCGGGCCAUGGAGUUCAAGCCCAAUCCAGCAGCAAGCACAUUCACCCCCGGCGGUCCCACCACCCCCGCCCCCGCUGCUGCACCCAGCGCCGUCAGUGUCGCUAGUCCGUCUCGCAACCCUUCUGUGUCUCGCGCAGCGACGCCGUCGUCCUUCUUUGGUGCCAGGAAACCGCAGAGCGUUUCUGAGAGACCCUCAAUUGAUGAUGAUUUCAACCCCAUCAAGCGCAUGAAGAAAGAGAGCGCUGCAUCCGGUGAAGGCAGGGGCUCCUCCUCUCAUGGGGGCAUCCCUCCUCCGUAUAGGACUGGCCCAACCUGGGAUGUUCCCGCAGGCAAUGAGGAUAAGGACUUUGAAGCAAUGUUCAAGCAACCAACCGGAGUAUCCUCGGUGCCGUCACAGGGGCGCUCCAUUUCCAAUAACCCCAGCCUGCCCCAGCAGCAUCAGAUGCCUUUCCACUUUCCGCCAGCCAACGCUGGCGGACACCCCUCCUCUGGCCCUCCGAAUGGACCUCACGUGCAUCCUGGCGGUCACGGACCUGGCCCUCAUUUGGAAGACCAUCACCGCAUGCAGUUGUCUGCCUCCUCAUCACAAGUCUUUUCCUCGCCCCGUAUGGGUCAGAGUCACGUAGGUUACCCUUCGCCAAUGGCUCCCCACGCCCAGUUGGCAUAUGGACAGCCGAUGCCGCAAUUCUACGGGGGACCACAGCCAGGACACUUGAGACACUAUCAAAACGGUCCCCAAUUCUCUGGGCCACAAACUGGAAUGGGGGCUCCUAUGAUGGUCCAAAAUCCAUCCAGCGGACCUUACAUGGGCAUGCCUCAGGGCAUGGCGCCAUACAAUCCGCAGAUGCAGAUGUAUUCCCCAUCUCCUAGCCAUGCUUAUCCCCAUGUACCUCCACCGCAACCACACAGUGGAUAUCCUAGCCCCAGUCGUGGUGCACCGAUGAUGAUGCACCAAAACUCGCAAUCCGGCCAGCCCCCACAGCCUAUGAUGUUCAUGUCGCCAGGCCAACCGGGUCAGCCUGGAUUUGUUAAUCAACCAACCCACAUGUCCAAUGGUCGUGGUGCCUACCCUCAGCAGCAGCCUCAAUUCUCAUCCAGCCCUCACCAGGGUCACCAUUUCCCGCCUAACCAUCGGAACACGGCCAACAACUUCAACCAGGCCUCCCAAAUUCCUCACCAGGCGCCAUCUGCCCAUUCUCCCGCCAAUGCAGGGACUACUCCCCACACCGCGGAGCCUGCUGAUGACAGCAAAUGA